AUUGUGUCUUAAAGUUGUGGUUCGCGCCAGAUGCCUUGUUGGCCUCGAAUAAAGGCCUUGACCGCCUCCCCUAUCAUUGGCUCUUUGGUAUCGGUGGAAAUCAUCGUGGAUCCUGACCACCGAUGGAGUCACGGCCGACCAUUGCCCUAUGGAGUACACUCGACGCCGUUUGCAGUUACGGGCGGAUGCAACCUCACACUCACGAUGAUCAUUGUAUUGCGUUCAAUGCCCUCUAUUCAACAUCGGAUCUAACAUCGGAUCUUUGCUCUAAACGGCUGGGUACCAGUACCUUACCCACCAUGAUAAUCGAUUGUUUUUUCGACUUGCCCUGCUGGGAAACUUGAUCCUUAAAUUGAACUAAACCGCUUCAAGAACCCAAUUUACCACCCGUCGUUGCAGGGCGAAAACCGGGUACACUGGGUCAAUGCUGAGUAGC